UCUCCUGGAUGCAGGGCGCCUCCUCCCAGGCUUUAUUGUUUUCCCAACACCUUCACGAAGCUCCUGGUCACUUUAAAAGGGGCAGAGCCUGUAGCGGGAUCCGGGUCUGUGUGCCUCAGGCCAGUGUGCAGGACAGCAGGCCGAUUCCCAGCAGCCCUGGCGGGAGCCCAAGCCCCGAGCCUCUUUACCCUGAUGCCCGGAGAGCCGUCUAUGUGUGACAUACAACGUGGCAGCGGUAAGGCCAAGGAGCCGGGCGUGGGGGGCCGGUUUCGCGCGUCCUGGUACGAGCGCUUUGUGCAGCCCUGCCUGGUCGAGCUGCUGGGCUCGGCCCUGUUCAUCUUCAUCGGCUGCCUGUCCGUCAUCGAGAAUGGCCCAGACACCGGGGUGCUGCAGCCGGCCCUGGCCCACGGACUGGCCUUGGGGCUCGUCAUCGCCACGCUGGGGAACAUCAGCGGCGGCCACUUCAAUCCUGCAGUGUCACUGGCAGCCAUGCUGAUCGGAGGCCUCAACGUGACGAUGCUCCUGCCCUACUGGAUCUCGCAGCUGUGUGGGGGGAUGAUUGGGGCUGCCUUGGCCAAGGCGGUCAGUCCCCAGGAGCGGUUCUGGAAUGCCUCUGGCGCGGCCUUUGUGACGGUCCAGGAGGACGAGCAGGUGGGCCGGGCCCUGGGGGCGGAGAUCGUCUUCACCACGCUGCUGGCCCUGGCGGUGUGCAUGGGCGCCAUCAACGAGAAGACGCGGGGCCCCCUGGCCCCCUUCUCCAUCGGCUUCUCCGUGACCGUGGACAUCCUGGCAGGGGGCGCUGUCUCUGGAGCCUGCAUGAACCCCGCUCGUGCCUUUGGGCCUGCUGUCGUGGCCAGCUACUGGAAAUUCCACUGGAUCUACUGGCUGGGGCCGCUCCUGGCUGGGCUGCUUGUGGGACUGCUCAUUAGGCUCUUCAUCGGGGACGGGAAGACUCGCCUAAUCCUAAAGGGCCGGUGAAGCAGAGCUGUGGGGCUCCCGCUGCCCGGGCUCCCUCGGCCGAGCGCCCUGGGCUGAGGGCGGGACAGAGGCCCGGAGGAGCGACUGGCCUUGGACUUGGGUCUGGCUUAUUGGGCAGACAGGCUGCUCUGAAGCCCUGAGGAGGCUCUGGGUCUGGAAAUAGUCCUGUGCUGACUGGAAGCCUCAGCCUAGGGAGCGUGCUGCCAGAACCCCCCGAGAGGUGGAAGCGGUACGGUAGAGGAGGUUUUUCUUGAGAGGGAAGAAGGUCUGAGGAGCAGAAGAGUUGGGAGAAGUGGAGGUUCAUGCACAUUAGCUGGAUUCUCCCCGCCACCCCCGCCCCAGCCCGCCCCUCUCUGCUUUUUUCAGGGCUGGGGAUCCAACCCAGGGCUUCGGGCACACCAGGCCAGCGCUGUGCCGCUGGGUCGUAUCCCAGCGCUCGGCAGCCUCUUUCUUUUCCUUCUGUCGCUCUUUGAUUCCUGUUACAGAAGAGCCUUCUGGGGCCUGAGCACCUCGUCAAGCUGCCAAUCUAACUUCACAAUAAACAACCUAACACUCCCCCCA